CUCCUUCGUGUCUUUUCGUCUUGUUUUUGUGUCUGUCCUGUGCUUCAUUUGUCUCGCUCACUUUGGAGUUUUCUCGUUCCAUCUUUCCUCGUAGACUUCUGUCUCAUCUGUCAGUUUUUUUGGCUACAUUCUUUGUUGUUGUUUUUUGUUGUUUUUUUUAACUUGCUGUGUGUCUCUCUAUCUCACUUCUAGUUUCUGCUGACAACACUGCCGGCUAUUUUUUACUUUGUCACAACUCCAUGUCCUCUACUUUUCUGUGCCAUUGCUUUAAUAUUGUAUUGUCUCGUCCUUUUCUGUUCUUUCUUCGACUCCUGCUCUGUAGCCUGGUUUCGUAUCGCAGCUUCACCUCCCUAUCUCCUUCACCUUCCUCCAUCCUCCUCCUCAUCCUUUGCAGCUCUGCAUAAUGGGAAAGACAGAGCUGUAUUCUCUUCUUAAAGGUUUUGUGGACUGUCUUUGCCUCUGCCUUUCUAGGAGCAGUGAUGAGGCAGAAAAUGAAAGAGACACUGAAAAUGGUCACCUAAUCUACAAAAGCGGAGACGUACUCCAAGACAGAUAUGAGAUUGUUGACACAUUAGGUGAGGGGACUUUUGGGAAGGUGGUGCAGUGUUUGGACCACAGCAGAAAUCGGCAAGUCGCUCUGAAGAUUAUCAAGAACCAGGAGAAAUAUAGAGAAGCAGCCAGAUUAGAAAUUAAUGUGCUGGAGAGGAUCAGUGAAAAAGAUCCACUAAACAAGCAUCACUGUGUGCAGAUGCUGGACUGGUUCAACUAUUACGGCCAUGUCUGCAUCUCUUUUGAGCUUCUGUCUCUAAGUACUUUUGACUUCUUGAAAGAAAACAACUUCCUGCCUUAUCCCAUUAACCAGAUCCGGCACAUGGCCCACCAGAUCUGCCAUGCUGUCAGCUUUCUCCAUGACAACAAGCUGACUCACACCGACCUGAAGCCUGAGAACAUCCUCUUUGUCAACUCACACUACACUCUUACGUACAACUCAGAGAAGAAGUGCAAUGAGAGGAGAAUAAAUGACACCACUGUGCGGCUUGUUGACUUUGGGAGCGCCACCUUUGACCACGAACACCACUCUGCCAUCAUCUCCACACGUCACUACCGAGCUCCAGAGGUCAUACUGGAGAUGGGCUGGAGUCAUCCAUGUGAUGUAUGGAGUAUCGGCUGCAUCCUGUUUGAAUACUACGAAGGAUUCACACUAUUCCAGACUCAUGAUAAUAAGGAGCAUUUGGCCAUGAUGGAGAGAAUACUGGGACCAAUUCCUCCGAGGAUGAUCCAGAGGAGCAGAAAGCAGAAAUAUUUUCACCGUGGGCGUCUAGAUUGGAAUGAGUGCUCCAAGGCUGGGCGUUAUGUCAAAACUAAGUGCAAACCAUUAAAGAAGUACCUGUUGUCACAUGGAACAGAGCACCAUCACUUCUUUGAUCUUUUGGAGAAGACGAUGGAGUACGAACCCUUGAAACGCAUCUCCUUCACCUCUGCCUUAAACCAUCCUUUCUUCCUGUAUCAGCCAAAAAAAAGUCAAAGCUGGAGGAACAGCUGUGACAUGAGCAGAUGACCCUGAACCAUCGCUUUACUCUGUGCCAUGAUUCGCAAAUACUUGACAUUACAUUACAGACACACCUUUUGUUAAAAAUAACCUACAGAAGCUUUCACUUUCUGGUAAGAGUGAUGGACUUCAUUUUUUAAUACAUUGCUCCCCCAACCUUUGUUUAUUUUUAUUUUUAUAUGUGAUAAAAUAAUUAGCAGUGAACAUUAACAUAGCUGCAUAAUUUAACUGUAUUCAUUCAGUUAAUUAAUGCUUAUUGCUUUUCCCUGUGGUAUUUGAGGCAAUUUGGAUGAGUCGGCCUAUAGAUUUACCAAGAAGACACAAAUACUGAGCAGAAUGGAUUAAAGGCAUGCCUCCAUUUUGAAUUAAGCACUUAAUUUACAUGAAGUAACACAUAAUAAGACAAAAACAACAAAAAGA